UAAAUCAACACCAACGCAAUUCAGUUACAAUUCAACACACACGUAGACCUUACAAUAAAAAAACAUCUCUAUGUAUAUAUACAUAUAUUUAUAUAUAUGAUAAUGGUCUGUCAAAAAUAUGAUAAUUAAUUUUUAAAAUAAGUAGCCGUCAGCUACUGGUGAGUCUGUUGACGUUUAUUAAAAAAUGACUGUUUAUUAAUUUUUGAUACAAUGGCUCUCUCCAAGGUACUAAAUUUAACAUUAAUUGGAAAUAAUACCAAUGACAAGUUGAGUGAUAUCAAUAUGUACGACACAGGAACCAAUAGCAUAUCAGAUCCAACUAGAUGCCGGGAAUACAACCCAUGGAAUUAUGAUUUAAUGAGUCGGAAUAAAAAUCACAAAAUGGAGGAUGAAGAGACACAGGAUCUAAACAAUUCGAUGGUCAAUGACUUGGUGUCGAAAGUAUUGGACGAUGAUCCGAUAACCGAUAAGCCAGUAAAUAAUAAUUACAACGUAAAUCAGUACGAUAUCGAUCUACUAAAAUCACAAAAUCACAAUUCGUAUUACAAAAGUUACGAUUUACAACAUGAAGAGUUCAUAAAAAAUCAUCAGCCACAAACACUUAAAGACAAUCGUGAUAUAUUUGAUAUAUAUUCAAAUUUAGAGUCACUUUGCAUAAACGAUUUAGUUUCUCAAGACACAUUUUAUUUAAAUAACAACAAAUACAAAAAUUUAUCACCGGCUUACAACGAUCUAGGGAUGGCCUACUCGGUAAAUGAUUUGAUUUCGAAAAAAUUUACUGAUUUACAACCUCAGCAUCAACCUCAACCUCAACUCCAACCUCAACCUCAGUACCACCAACCAGGCCAUCAAACCUGGACAGAUUUCGAUGACAUAUUCGACAGCCAUCAACAGUUUCCAUCCCACGACUUGAAUUACAAUCCAAUUUCUCCAUCAAUUCAUCAGGAUCAUCAAGAAUUGAGUCAUCAGCAGCCAUCUCUGAUAAACAUCCAGGACUUCAACUCAACAAACCAACCCUACAAUCGUUCCAGCUCAGCAAUGACCGAUUUCUCAACCGACUCGGGGUUCCUAUCAAACUCUCCUCUCCAAAAUCAACAUCUAUCACCAGAUUACAGCAAUUAUUCAUCAGGAUAUCGGUAUGACGACGCUGCUAACUCACAAAAUUCAUCAUCAGCAUCAUCGCUGAUGUCUGCCACUGGAUUCAAAGCUUACGAUUAUGAUUACAAAGGACAUUCAGGGGAUUACAUAAACAAUUAUCAUGAAAAUGAUGCUAAAUCAAUGGCAGUUAAUCAAAAAAUAGAUGACACUUUAAUUAAAAUGUUGACGCCAUCAUCAAUUAAAGUAAAUGAUAAUCAUAAUAACAAAAACAAUCAAUUAUUUAACUACCAGAGCUUACAAAAUAAUCAUAAUCAGUUACCAUCACAGCAAAAUAAUACUAAUCAAGGAUUAAAUUGCUAUCAGUAUCGCGUGACACCGCGUAUUAAUGGACAACAAUCACAACCAAUAAUAAUGGACCAAUUAAAUAAAUACAAUUAUCCAUUGAAUGUUGAUCAAAAUUAUCAGCAACGUUACACUGCCAAUAAUUAUGAUUACAAAACAAAUUCUACAAUAAAUAAUUCCCUAUCGAUGAUAAAUAACAACAAUUGUUACCAAACAAAUGGAUCAAAAUCACUGAACAAUCAUCACUAUGACACGAGAACUGAUACGACUGCUAUUGGAUCAAUAAAUUAUAGUAAUUUAGCAGCGCAAUUGCGUAAUGCUGAUCCUAAUUUAUUGCACUCAAUUAUUAAGCAGCAGCAGCAGAGACAACAGCAACAGUCCCAGCCAAUGAGAAUGCCGGAUAUGCUAAUGAAUGCUAGAUUAAUUAGAGCUAAUGGUGCUAAUGCUGGAGCCAGUGGAGUUGGAGCUGGACCUGGAACUGGAACUGGUACAGGUGUUGGUGUCGGUGUCUAUCCAUCGAUGCUGCCGGUGCCGUUGGUCCAGCCGAUAUUAAAUGCUAGUGCGAUUGGACUCCGUGGUAUCAAAGCAAGACGUGCUGGGGCAUCGAGUAUUCUGCACUUGAGAUUGGAGCAGACAUUCGAUCAGUUCAAGCAACUGGAGAAAGAGAGGAAAAAAUGUGAAGCUGGACUGGCUGCUCACUUUCCAGGCAAAAGGGUCACCAGUGCUAAUAACAUCCCGGUACCUAGACUUCAGGGUAAUCCAUCGAGAGCCGAUAGACUUAUCAUUGAUCAUUUAAGAGAACAUGCGCGAGUUAUUACUCUUAUUGCCAAGAUGGAGCACUUGCGGGGUGUGACUAUGAAUGAAAGAGUACACAAAGCGAUGGAAUUCUGGCUUGAGUCUAUUAAAUUUGUUCAGGAAUGCCGCAAAAAAGAAAUAACUCACGCAACUAAACGUCAAAAAGAAAACCCACAUUGCAGUCCCAUUCAUGAUGACAAAGAUAUAAUAAUUUUAGCAGAAAGUAUCCGGGAAUUAACACGGGCAGCACGUUUGGCGCGCACUGCAAUGUUCAAUGCAAUGCAGUCAACUUUAUUACAAAACAAAGAUAUUGAAAAAAAAAUCAUCGAAACUUCAAGUGACGUAAUACUUACGAUAAUUACUAAAGAUUCAUCAGCAGCAGUAUCUUCAGUGUCAUCAGUAUCAGCAACAUCACCGGCAGCUGACGGUAAUUGUACAUCAUCACCUAUUACGACUUAGCAACUUAGAUUUAAUUAUAAACAGCAACAGUGAACAAAAAAUAAAUAAUCACACUUUAUUAAUGAUAAUUAAUAACAAUAAUAUCAACGAUAAAAAAAAGCUCAAUUCUUCUUUACAAUAUCUGUUAAAUUGCAACAAUCUGCUCACAAUUGCGUCCAUAUUGGGAACAGUGUUUAAUUAUAUUAAUUUGAUUAAUUAAUUAAUAUAAACACUUUUAUUUAAUUCUUCAGUCUACAAUACCUCAAUCAAGUAUUAGUUAAUGGUGCUAAUGAGCAUCUGAGUUACUUAAACAAUUAAUUAAAAAUGCACAAUAAAAUCUUCCAGAAAAAACACAAAUAAAUAAUUUAAAAAAUCCACAUGGAUUUUCAUAAUUAAUAAUCAAUGAUAGUUAAUUUAAAAAAAAAAAAAACGAAAGUAAAUGGCUUUAGUUAAUUAAUAAACAUUAAAUAUUUAAAAUAAAUGGCUAUUAGAGAGUAGUUUUUUUGCUACUUAGCAAAAGAAAAUUAUAUUUAAUAAUAAUAAUUAUAAUUAUUAUUAUUAUUAUAAAGAUGUUGUCUCUAUAGAAUAGUUUAAUGUGGCCUUCCUCACGUGUGUAUGUGGUGUGACCCGUCUUAGAUUUUUAAUAACGCUAGAAUUUCCGUUAUUAUUUUUAAAAAAUUUUUUUUCUGGGUAAAAAUAUUCAUAUAUGAUCAUAUUGAAAUAUUCAUGACCAUAAUUUAUCAUAUCUGGCUUAAUCAUUACCAUAUCUGAUCAUAUAUGAUCAUACUUAAAUUUAUAUGAUCGUAUACGACUACGUACUCACCUGACCUGAUCAUAUAUGGUCAUACUUAAAUAUGUAUGAUCAUAUACGACUCUACUUCCUCAUAUCUGACUCAAUCAUAUAUGGUCAUAUCUGACUAUAUAUGACUAUAUCUAGUCAUAUCUGACUCGAUCAUAUGAUCAUAUUUGAUCAUAUAUGACUACAAAAACUUGUCUGACUUAAUUGUAUGUAAUUAGAAUUUAAUAUAUGAUCAUAUCUGGUCAUAUUAAAAUGUAUAUGAUUAUAUAUGAAUAUUUCAACCCGGGAAAAAAAUAUCGAGUGACAAAAAUAAAAAAUAAUUAAUUAAAAAAAUAUACACUGGCUUAUCUUGACACAAAAAUUUAUUAAUUAAACAAUUAAAAAAAAAAAAAUAAAAUUAGAAUGACGUAGAUGUUUUCCUAUUGACUUUGAUAAAUAAAAUUUUCUCGUAGAUUUUUUACUGGAAAAAAUGACCGAGAUUAAGUAAUUAAUUAAUUAAAGCUAAUGUGCUACUAUGCCUAUUUAAUGAACAAUUGCCUGUAAUGCCCUUCCUGCAUUCGUCCAUUACUAAUUAUAUUGUAAAAAUUCAUUUAUCUGUUUAAUUAAUUAAUUUUUUUUUAAUAACUCAAUCAAAUUUUUUUUAAUUAAAUUAUUUUUUGUUUAUUAUUAACUGUGAUAACUUUUAAAUGCCAACUUAACUUACUUAAAGCCUAAAAAAAAUUUUAACUAAAUCAUCGAAUUAAAAAAUCUAAAUUUGAAAAAAAGAAAAAAUCAAUCCAAUUAUCGUAUUACUUAAUUACAUUAUCAUUCGAUAUAAUGACCUGAGAUAGUUAUAAACGAAACAUAAUUAUUAAACAAUUAAAAUAAUAAUUGAAAUUUUAUCGGCAACUCCGUUCAUAAUAAAGCUUAAUAAUUUAAUUAAAAUAAUAAUAUAGAGAAUUUAGAGCGUAGAGAUAUGGAUAGCUGAUGAUUGGACUGCAUUGAAUAGAUAAAAGACGUGUCCAAGAUUAAGUACUUAUUAUUUAUAUGAAUAAAAUGAUAAUAAUAAACGUUAAAUAUUUUUUUUUUGUGCACGAGACACAGAGUGUUAGAUUCUCAUGCACAUGUAUAGGAAAAUAAUGAAAGAUUCGCUUUUAAAAGUAUAUAUUAUUAUUAUUAUUUAUUUGAAUAACGAUAAAACUAAAUUUUAUCGAAUAAAAACAUAAUAAAUAAAUAACGAAUAAAAAUAUAACAAAUAUGUGUCCGACAAUCCUAAAUAAAAAUUUAAUUGCAUGUGAUACUAUAUCAUACAAUUUAAAUAUUAAAAAAAAAAAUAAUAAUAAUUAUAGAAUUUUAUUUCUUAUUAAUUAUUAUUUUUAUUAAUGAAAAAUUGGAUUUUAAAAAAUUAAUUUUUUAUUUUUAUCUCAAUGAUUAUUAUAUUUGAGAUAAAAAUCAUCAGAUAUGAUCAUAUAGGUCAUAUAUGAUCGUAUCUUUAUAUUUGACCACAUGUCAUAUGUAGUCAUACUUGAUUACAUGUCAUAUGUGAUCACAUAUGGUCAUAUGUAGUCAUAUAUGGUCAUGUAGAUAAAAUAUGAUCAUAUCUAAUUAUUUUAUCUCAGAUAAUUAAAAUUACCAAAUUAAUUUUAUUGAUAAAAAUUAAUUUUUAAAAAAAUAAUAAAUAGUAAUUUUAGCAUUUGAUUAAAAAUAAUAAUUAAUUUAAUUAUAUUGAGAUAUUUAAAAUAU